AUGAGUAGAGUCAUUCACCGGUCUGCCUCUGAUGGUGACCCGCAUGUCUGUGUCGUGGGUGUUGGUUUUGUCGGAGAGAUACUUUUAAAGGAGUUCGGCUCCGUCUUUCCAGCCAUAGGUUUCGACAUUUCCGAACGUCGUCUCGACAGCAUCCGGUCUGACUUUGCAUCCUUGAAGAAUGUCCGCCUUUCGUCGUCACCAGAAAUCCUCAAGGAAGCGACUCACUUCUGCAUUUCUGUCCCAACUCUGUUGCGCAACGACAGGUCCGUCAACACCGAUCACCUGGUCAGAGCGAUUGCCAUGGUCACCAGUCAUGCUCGUCCCGGCUCAACGAUCGUCAUCGAGUCGAGUGUCUCUGUUGGCAUGACGCGCGCUUUGCUCGGUCCAUACAAGGCCAAGUUCCAUUGCGGAAUGUCGCCAGAGCGAGUCGACCCGGGCCGUACUUUGCCUCCCGCCCACGAGAUUCCCAAGAUCAUCAGCGCUUUGACGGAGCCAGCCUUACUGAGCAUGCACAAAGUCUACUCUCAAGCAUUCCAAACCGUGGUGCCAGGUUCGAAACCGGAAAUCGCUGAAAUGACAAAGCUCUUCGAGAACUGCUAUCGCAUGAUCAACAUUGCUUAUGUCAACGAGAUUGCAGACGCCUGCGAGCAGCAACAGAUCGAUGUCGAUGAAGUCGUCGCGGCAGCUGCCACGAAGCCCUUUGGGUUUCAAUCUUUCAAGCCUGGACUCGGAGUCGGUGGUCACUGCAUCCCGGUCAACCCAUUCUAUCUCAUGGCCAACAACAGCUUACCGCUCCUGCAGCAAGCAACCGACGCAACCUGGAACCGCCCACGACUGAUUGCUCGAGACUUUCUCAGCCAAUGCAAGAAGCAUGCCGGCGGUACUACACGGAUACUUGUCGUCGGCAUGGGGUUCAAGCCUGGGCAAAGUGUGGUCGACUUCUCACCGGCGGUUGCAUUCGCAGAAGAGCUACUUGAUGCUGGCUGCGAUUCUCUGGCAUUCCACGAUCCGCUAGUCGCUCAGGAACAGCUGCCGCGCAUCCGUAAGCUGGCCGGCCAAGACUUUGACUGCGAGAGCAUUCAAAAGUCAUUCGAUGCCAUCGCUGUCUGCACGAAACAGGAAGGGGUAGACUGGGUCGUGCUGAAGAAGGUGCAAAAUGUUAUCAUCCAGUGGUUUUAG